AUGUGCACGCUAGACAAACGCGGCAACCUUUUCGUCCUCACCCUCACCGGCGACGACGAGCACCGCCUGAACCCGACCCUGAUCGACUCCAUCCGGGACGCGCUAGACCGGGUCAGGUCCGGGUCAACGGGCGCCGCCGCCCUCAUCACCACCGCCCACGGCAAAUUCUUCUCCAACGGUUACGACCUCCGGUGGGCACUGUCCGACCCGGAUCCGGUCCAAUCGGAGGCUUUCGCCCGCCCCAAGGCAAUGUCCGCGAAGUUCCGGCUCCUGAUCGCGGACCUCAUCUCCCUCCCGAUGCCGACCAUCGCCGCCGUCACCGGCCACGCCUCCGCCGCCGGGUUCGGCCUGGCCCUGAGCCACGACUACCUGCUGAUGAGCCGGGGCCGAGGGUUUCUGUACAUGAGCGAGCUCGACAUCGGGUACAAAAUCCCCAAUUUCCUGUUCGCCCUAGUGAAGGCCCGGGUCGGCCCGCCCCGGAGCUGGCGGAACGUGGUGCUCAGGGCGGAGAAGAUUACGGCGGAGACGGGGGUAGAGUGGGGGAUCGUGGACUCGGCCCACGCGAGCGCCGGCGAGACCCUCGAGGCAGCGCUGAGGCUGGGAGGGGAUCUGGCGGGUCGGAAUUGGGACGGGAAAGUUUACGCCGAUUGUCGGAGGACGGUGCUCGCCGACGUGGUGGCGGCGCUCGGGUCGGACGAGACGGUGGGGGACGCCGGCGAGGGGACGGCGGCGGUUUCGAGAUUAAAUGCGGUUGAGUUGGAUAGAAAUGAUAGUGUGCAUCUUUCUUUAGACAAGAAAGAAGAUGAGUCUGAAGUGAAAAAUGAUGAAAAAGUGGAAUCUGAACAAAUUUCGAAGGUGAUUGUUGAUGAGAAAGUUGAUUCUAUUAAGAAAAAUGAUUCUUCGGUUUUGUCGGGUGAUCAGCCUAAAGUAGUGGUGAAGGAGGAUGAGGAGGAAGAUUUAGGGUGGGAUGAAAUCGAGGAUAUUGGAAGUGGCGAUGAGGAAAAAGUCUCGUCAACUGCCCAAAGUUGCAGCCCGAGUAGAACCGAGCUGAAGAAACAGUUGAUUGCUGGGAAAGAUGAUGAGGAUUUGAGUUGGGAUAUUGACGAUGAUGAUGAUGAGCCGGUAAAACGACCAUGCCGUCUUAGUAAAUUUGAUAAACUGGUAUGGUGA